GGUCCAUCUCAAAGGUCUUCAUCCACAGUGAGGAGACGCGCUUCCCCUCUCCUCCACCACCUCCAUCUUUGAGAUAAAGCAGUGUCUUUAGGUCCUGCAGCAGCAGCAGCAGCAGCAGCAGCAGCCGCAGCCGCAGCCGCAGCAGCAGAGGGGUUGGCGCUGCAGUUGCGCACACGCGCGCGCGCGCAGAGUGAGUGAGGAGAACGAGCCGCCGCAUCUUGUGGAUUUCUUUGCGUCCACGCACGAGCCCGUGUACAUGCUUCCCCCUGCUCGUCCUCUGCCACGUCCAGACGUCCAGGAGUUGGUUCCACUUCUCGGGGAAAGAUGUGGCAUCGCACAACAGCGACAGUCCUGGUUUUGUUGCGUUUGCUGGCGGACGCGCUGGCAGGCUUUCCGAAUCAAAUCAACAUUGGUGGACUGUUCAUGCGCUCCACGGUGCAGGAGCACAGCGCCUUCAGGUUCGCUGUCCAGCUGUACAACACCAACCAGAAUGCGACAGAGAAACCCUUCAACCUCAAUUACAAUGUGGACAACCUGGAGUCUUCCAACAGUUUCUCUGUCACACAUGCCUUCUGCUCUCAGUUCUCCCGGGGAGUUUACGCCAUCUUUGGCUUCUACGACAGGAAGUCCAUGAACACGCUGACCUCCUUCUGCGGGGCGCUGCACACCUCCUUCAUCACACCCAGCUUCCCCAUCGAUGCCGAUGUGCAGUUUGUCAUCCAGAUGAGGCCGGGCUUGCGGGGAGCUGUUCUCAGUCUGCUGGACCAUUACAAGUGGGAGAAGUUCGUCUACCUUUACGACACUGAUAGAGGUUUUGCAAUCCUCCAGGCCAUCAUGGAGUCGGCUGUAGCCAAUAACUGGCAGGUGACAGCUCGCUCGGUGGGGAACAUUGUGGACCCCAUGGAGUACAGGCGCAUCAUCGAGGAGAUGGACCGGCGGCAGGAGAAACGCUUUCUCAUCGACUGUGAGGUGGACAGGAUCAACUCCAUACUGGAGCAGGUAGUGACCUCGGGAAAGAACAGCCGAGGAUACCACUACAUCCUCGCCAACUUGGGGUUUUCCAACGUGAGCCUGGACAGGGUCUUUGCUGGUGGAGCCAACAUCACAGGCUUCCAGAUCAUCAACCCAGACAGCCCCGUUGUCCAGCAGUUCCUCCAGCGCUGGGAGCGCCUGGAUGAAAGAGAAUUUCCAGAAGCCAAAAACACUCCGCUGAAGUAUACGUCAGCACUGACCCACGACGCCAUCCUCGUGAUUGCGGAGGCCUUCCGGUACCUUCGGCGGCAGCGGGUGGACGUGUCCCGCCGGGGGAGUGCAGGCGACUGCCUCGCCAACCCCGCCGUGCCCUGGAGCCAAGGCAUCGACAUCGAGAGAGCCCUCAAAAUGGUCCAAGUACAAGGUAUGACAGGAAACAUCCAGUUUGACACAUUUGGUCGGCGAUCUAAUUUCACGAUCGAUGUGUAUGAGAUGAAAGCAGGAGGCCCCCGGAAGAUCGGCUACUGGAAUGAGUAUGAGAAAUUUGUAUAUAUAAUGGAUCAACAGGUCACCAACGAGUCCUCUUCUGUGGAAAACCGAACAAUUGUGGUCACUACUAUUAUGGAAGCUCCAUAUGUGAUGUACAAGAAAAACUAUAUGCAGAUGGAUGGGAAUGACAGAUAUGAAGGCUACUGUGUGGAUUUAGCUUCUGAAAUUGCAAAACAUGUGGGGAUAAGAUAUAAGCUGUCAGUGGUGCCGGAUGGGAAGUACGGCGCCAGAGAUCCAGAGACCAAGACGUGGAACGGGAUGGUGGGGGAACUGGUUUAUGGGAGAGCUGACAUAGCCGUGGCUCCUCUAACUAUAACGCUGGUACGGGAAGAAGUAAUAGACUUCUCUAAGCCCUUCAUGAGCCUGGGCAUCUCCAUUAUGAUAAAGAAGCCUCAAAAGUCCAAGCCUGGGGUGUUUUCCUUCCUGGACCCACUGGCCUAUGAGAUUUGGAUGUGUAUAGUUUUCGCCUAUAUCGGCGUGAGUGUGGUGCUCUUCCUGGUGAGCCGGUUCAGCCCGUAUGAGUGGCAUCUGGACGAGAAUGAUGAGGCCAAAGACCCUCAGAGCCCCCCAGACCCACCAAACGACUUUGGGAUUUUUAAUAGCCUGUGGUUCUCGCUGGGUGCCUUCAUGCAGCAAGGAUGCGAUAUCUCACCAAGGUCUCUGUCCGGGCGUAUCGUCGGAGGAGUGUGGUGGUUCUUCACCCUCAUCAUCAUCUCCUCCUACACGGCCAACCUGGCCGCCUUCCUCACCGUGGAGAGGAUGGUCUCUCCGAUUGAGAGCGCUGAGGACCUGGCCAAGCAGACGGAGAUUGCCUACGGGACGUUAGACUCAGGCUCCACUAAAGAGUUCUUUAGGACACCAGGGCUCAGUGAAAGCCCUACUGCGGACCCAUCUCUGCCUCUGCUCUCCAGCUUGCCUCAUGACCACAACACUCGUGGCACAUUGUGAGAGAAGAGACAAGGCAAACCUUGCUGUUAUGUGCGGUAGUCAUUCAUUUCUGAGUGAGCAGGAUAUGGAUACUACCAGUGGAAUAACACAAAGACGCCGUCUCCUCUCACGGCAAUAUGCCUCGAUCCCUCUGUUAGAAAGAGAGUUGAUGAUCAGCGUUACACUGUCACAUCUGACUGCCGUCUUUCUUUGUCUGUAUUUCACUUUCAGAAACGCACGUGGGGGUAAUUUAAGUACGACAUGUAAAUAUACUGUAUGUAACUACCACUGAGAAAAUAUAACGUUCACAGCAAAACAAAAUCAAUGAAAUUUCAUCAUUGCUAAAGUCAAAUUUAGCAGUGUCUCUUUCUACUUAUGGUAAAUAAGAUUUGUUUUUUUAAUUCAUUGUUAAAGUCACAUAUCGACAUGUUUACAGGUAUUUUUAAUAAUCAAAGCUUGAUUAUGUAAAAUAUCUAUGUUACUGUGGGUAAUUUAUGUUUCUAGCGUGUGAUGUUUAAUUUGACAUCAUACAGAUUGUGAUCUAUGUCUUAAUUUGCGCAUGAGUCAGUACUGUGUAUGGUUUGUUCAUGUGAGUUUUUUUGUGUGUGGUCAUGUGUGUUUAGAUGCUGUUUUCCUGUUUUGCAGACAGACUGAAAGGUGGAGUUCUGAUGUGACUUAAAUCAGAGGGAGAGGAGAUUCAUUUGUUCUUCACCCACUGACUCAAAACAGCAACAGGGGGUGGACGAUAAAAAGAAAGAGCUGCACCAUGAUUUAAAUCCAAAACAGCAAUCAUUGGAUCAAUAUUCAAAUAAGAAAUAUUGUAUAAGGUGAUUCAACACCUCUGAUACGUCCUCAACAAAAAAAACCUAAACUUUAGGAAUUGUUAAGCUACAAAAAUGUAAGACUUAUCCCAUGUUGUCUUGUAUUGACUGCACCGGAGUUCAUGACUCUUUUUUUUUUUUUCAAAGUUAGUACAUCAAAGGUCUUACUGGUUGAAAUUGAUUAAUACGCCUCCAUCAUCAGUCACUGGAGAGAAGUGACCGGACAGAAUUGACAGGCCUAGGUAGAAUAUGUGAACUACCGCUGUAAGUAAACAGAUGAGACACUGAAUUACAAUUCUACAAAUUCAAGGUUUAAAGGGUUUAUUUCCAUCAAGAGGCUUUGUUAAACAUCUAAUUAUAGUAAUGAGCAACCAUAAGAAUUAGAAAUACAAUGGACAUCCGCAGAUCAAAAAUGCAAAAGUGUAUGUUGGCCUGGUAAAAACUAAAAUCAGUAAACAUGCAGUUUAAACACCAGGAAAUAUUUAAAAAAAAAAGAAUAAAUACAUUGUAAACCAAAUAUAUAGUGUGAACAGAAUAUAUGCACAUCAGAAAAAAUACUCAACAAUAAACUAGGAAAAAACUAUAUAAAAUACGCUUAAAUUAUAAUCAUGAGAUCUAUAUCUAUAUCUUUAUAAGACUACAGUUAUGUACAACAAACAUUAAAAAACCAUUUAUUAAAUGUUCACCUACUGCUUGUAAAUGCUCAAUAAGCGUGAACUGAAAUGAGGCUCAUUCUAAGUUUUGUUGACAGAUGUAUCAUCAUAAUGUGACUUGGAUCAUUUGGAAAUCUUGGUCACUGCGUCUUUGCUGUGGACCUUUAAUUAAGUAAACAGUUCAGUUCGUAUAUUUUUUUUGUUCACAACCCUGGCAGGCAUAGGUGUGUGUGUGUGUGUGUGUGUGUCCUCCAGAAGCAGCUCAGGCUUAUCAAUCACUAUUGAAGCAGAACAACAAUUAACCCAACAAAUUGAGUUGAGGAACCUCACUUCCAUCUACGGGAUACCAUCUUAAAACAACUCACAAUAGUCCUAGUCAAUAAAAAGACAUUAAGGCACACUGACAUGAGUAUAAAAACAUGACUUACCUUAGGUACUUUAAAAUGAUCAAAAGUGUGUUUGAGUGAGGAGGGCUGUGUCCCUAAGAGAAGUAUAGAGAUAUGAAUUUCCAAUCUGGCUCCACACAAUACUCCUGAAAGCACAGCACGACUCUCACCCCAGAUCCCCGUGUGUGCCUCAAACAAUGGGUGAAAGUCAAAGAGGCCUUCCCCACCUGGAGCUUGGCCUUUUAGCACCUUAGCCCCUCCCACUAACGCACCUGUUUCUACUUCCUCCUCCGUCAGCUCCAUUAGGUUCUCUCAGGUCUUGAAGUCCCACCUCCCACAUGACAGUACUGCAUGUUAGUGUCUCGAGGUCAGAUCAGUGUCAGGGAGGGUUUGGUGAGCAGUGAACUCACCGUGUUGUUUUAAAGUCCAUGGCCACCACCUGGUGGUGAGGGUCUUUAUCUGAUGACCAGCAGAUUGUUGCAGUUCAAUCAGUGUUAUUGAUAAUAAUAUGACAACAAUAGGUCUCUUUUAUUUAUUUAUAAUGACAUAGAGGGAAAAAAACUACUCAUUGGAAUUGGAGCUGUAUUGGUCAUGGUGUGGCUAAAAGGCAAUAAGUGAAACAUAAAUAUGACACUGCAUCAAUUUCUGUGCCUAUUUCUCAUAUCUGUUCAGGGAGGUCAAAGGUCAGAGCAGCUAGAAGCAGCACUGUCAGGAUGUCAAAAUUUAUAUUGAAUCUAUAAUCUCUGUCUGCACGUCGCCGGGACACCAACACACACGAGAGUUAGAUAUGAGUCAGUGGAUAAACAUUAAUUAUGAUCUACAGAAACAUCAGUGUGUUACACUGUGAUUAAUACAACAUGUUGCAACAGAAUUGCUAGGAAAAAAAUGCUGAUUUUUAGCUGUUGCUCCCAAAUGGAUUUUGCAUGAAAGCAUUUUUUGUUUGCAAUUCAUCCUCCGAGUCUCUAAAAUGCAUAAGAGCACCGACGUUAGGCAUCAAAACUUGUCAUUGUCUGAAUAAUAGAUCACUUUGUGGGGGAUCUUAAUCGAGCCAUUUAGUUGUAAGUUCCUCUUUGCUCCUCUGCCAAGAAACAUUUUUAAAUAAUUUAAAGUAAUGCAUCUAGUUUCAUCUCUUUCCUUUGUGAGGUAGUUUUUUUUAAAUAUUCAGAAAAACAAAAUCAUCACAACUUCGCCUUUCAGAGAACUCUGACUGGAGAAGAGGACAGCAGAUCCUCCACUUAACAUCAUGCAUGUUUUUUGUUGUUGUUGUUGUUUUUUGUUAAAUUUUUUCUGUGUAGAUAAUCCGAAAACAUGACUUGUAUUCAAUCUGACAUACAAAGAAACAAAGUGGUGAAUGCAAUAUAUUUGAUGACGUUGGAUUACAAACACAUUUUUUCUGAAAGGAAAUCAGCCUAGAAAUCAGGCAGUCAAGGAAAUUGAGCAUAAUGUCUUGCAAAGCAAAUCCCCCAAAACUAACUUCUCCUCAUCGGAGGUUUGGUUAAAAAAUUGUCUUUAGACCUUUACAUCUCUCCUGACUGUAACUUUAUUAGUAAAAUAAUCUAAAAUCAUGUCAAAUUUUGGGAUUAAAAAGUGCAGUGGGAUUUAAAAAGCCCUUUUGGUGUCGUGGUUGGUACAAACGACGUGUUGCAGUGUGGGGAAACACAUUGGUGACUGUUAUUGGGAUUUAAAAGGGGUAAUUUGUGAGACAUUACCCUCUAAUAUUUAAAAAUGAAAUUA